GUGUGGGGCUCAUUCCCUGCCCCUCUUACGUAAGCCUGCUGCUCCGAGAACAUGCAACUCGGUCGGGUCCCGCAGAUAUGAAGUCUGAAGAAGUUGAAAACAUAGAAGAAUUAAACAAUUUGGCUUUAGAUUCUAUUCGCAUCGAACCCUAUUUGUCGAAGCUGAAACAAAAAGCAGAAGCAGAAAAAAGCAUUCGACUCUUGGAUUUGCCGAAAACUUUUUUGAUUAGGUUUUUGCGGGCGAGAGACUUUGAUGUUGAACUGGCGCUUUGCCUAAAGCUAUUGAUCAACUAUCAUAAAUGGAGACAAGAAUGUCCAGAAAUAACUGCUGAUCUGCGUCCAUCAUCCAUCAUAGGACUUAUUCAGAACAAUUACCAUGGAGUUUUGAGAUCACGAGAUGAUGCUGGAAGUCAAGUUUUAAUCUAUCGGAUUGGUCAGUGGAACCCCAAAGAAUUCACAGCUUAUGAGGUUUUUCGUGUGAGCCUCAUUACAUCAGAGCUAAUCGUUCAAGAACGGGAGACUCAAAGAAAUGGAGUCAAAGUUAUUUUUGAUCUCCAAGACUGGUGCUUUGCUCAUGCACUGCAGAUAAAUCCUUCUUUGGCAAAAAAGAUAUCAUCUGUACUUACGGACUCCUUUCCUUUGAAAGUACGCGGCAUCCAUUUGAUAAAUGAGCCCAUUUUUUUCCGCCCUGUCUUUGCCAUGAUCCGUCCAUUUCUACCAGACAAAAUAAAACAACGGGUUCAUAUGCAUGGUAGUUCAUAUGCCCGGAGUCUCUGUGAUUAUUUUCCGAAGGCUAUCCUCCCACCUGAGUAUGGAGGCACAGGACCCAGCAUAGAUGAAGUGUGCCAAGAGUGGACUGAGUACAUCAUGCAAUCUGAAGUCUAUCUCCAUAAGCUCUCUAUAGACUUAGCUGGAGGAUAUUCUUCUCAGUCAUCCACCCAUGAUGACUGAAUACAACGAAGGUACUUGAUACCAUGUGCUGUUUGCUUUAGGUGAUGUUGCAAGUUGCAUGUUGCUGCUGUGGAAGGUUAAAUUCCUUCUCUGUAAUUUCCAUGUGAAAAUCUGAAUGAUGUUACAGAGACUGCACAUGCCACCAGGUUUACUAUUGCUGAUUAUUGAUGAAUUUUUCAUAUGUUGCAGAGGACUAAAUGGUGCAGCUUUUCAAAUUGUCUGUUUAGAAUUAACUCUUCUCAUACUCCAUACUGGAAAGAUCAUUUGCAGUAUCAAAAGUGACAUUCCCACAGUAACCUAUUUUAACUGAAUCAGAUUUUUGGAUAAUGAGAUUUUAUUGAAUUCUAUAUAUAACAGAUAUUUAGAUGACAUUGCCAGACAUUACUUGAUAUACCUCUGUUGAUACAAUAAUGUACAGUAUACAAUAUCUAUUUGCACAGGAAGUCACUGUCCAAGACUGAAAUAUGAAAGUGCCUUCCUUUUACUUCUGAAUUAUUUUGUUUUUCAUAACAGUGGACAAAACUCAGGAAGUUACUUAAGCUUUUGUGCUUCUGGAAGUUAGAUAUCAAGCAUAAUCAUGAGACAAUUAAUUAUGCUGCAGCUAUUUAAAGUGAUUCAAUUCACUGAAAAUUAAGAAACUAUAACUGGACCUUUUGUAAUAUGUUUUAAUAAGAAAGCCUUUGUCAGAUGAAAUAUAAAUCGAAAGUAGAGCUUUUGCAUUUUAAAUAAACAACUUAAAACAUGUACGUAUUCAGUUAACAGCAAGUGGGAGAGUACAGUGGCACUUUGGUCUAUUGCCUUUUGCUCAGGCUCUUAAGCAAAUAGAAUAAUGACCUUAUUAGAGCACUUAAUGUUGAACAUUUCUUUGAGUUUUAACAUUUUAAAACCAUGUACAUAUUUAUUUACAGUUUUAUUUUCUAUGACAGUGUUCAAUAUUUAAUUGUAUUGUCCUAAUUUGUUGUCCAAUUACAAAAGCUAUUGUCAUUUUUUUUUUUUUUUUCACUUUAAAGGGCACUUUUCAUUCAAAUGUACAUUAUCAUAGUGAUAAUAAAAACUUCAUCUAGACAAGUGUAUUAAUGCACAAUGUGAAACUUGGCAACCAGACAGUUGCAAAGAUCAUUGUGUGAAAUUCUGUACCAACUAAUAUAAAUGGUUUUGUUGUGACCUUUAGAGCCAAACUUG